GGCAUCAUGCAUAAUGUCGCGCAACAUGCGAGCUCCACAAGGGCGUAGAAGCUGCAUGCGCCACCUGGGCUGCUCUAUCUUGAAGUAAAGCUAUAAUCGCGACUAAAGCGUGUGGGAAAUGACAAGUCAGGGGGUUUCCAAGAACAGCCGCGUCGCCGCAGUGUCCCCAGAACUCCUACCGGUUAAGUUGGAUACUCUAGGUCAUGGACCGAAUGUAGCAUCAAUUUCUUCGGACAGUGUGCGACCUUGUGUGCAGGCGUUCCUUGCGAUGCAACCUUCUUCGGGACUCGCCUCGCCCUGCAUCUGCUCUCCAACAGUCGUCUUUCUGGGCGUCGUAGGAAGCAGAGUUCUGACAGCUUCCCGCGUGGUUUACAUGGCCUUGUGUAUCCCUGGUCGGUCCGCAACAUCGCACCAACCGCCGAAAGAAGGCGCAAACCUCACAGCGCUCACCUCACCUUGAACCCUUGCCUGAUCUCACCUACUACCUAAACAAGUGCGCUUGUGUAGCGCCUGUGAGUCAGCGGCCUCAAGACGACUGUCGGGCCUGCCCAUCGAAGCUUGCAGGUGGCCUGGGCCGCCUCGCCACCAACAGAUGUUCUGAAACCUCAUACUCUUAAGAAUAUCUGUCGAAUACUUUGUUUCUAGCCAAGUAGCACAUGUGACACCCACUCCACUGAAAGCGCGGCAGGCUUUUCGGCUGCUCCAGAUACUUUUCCGACCCUCCCAGCCCUCUUUGAUUGUGUCCUUUUUCAUGUAUGCUAAUGCUAAGGAAGCCAUGAAUUUUAGACGCCCGCGCGUAUGGCCACCCGAUCACCCGACAUCAGUGUCCCUUACGCGCGGCCUCCGGGCUGAGGGCGAUAAGCCGGCCGUGAAAAGCCGGCGCGCGCACGACGAGGCGGAUGCGGACGACGCAGUCGCUGUCGGGGAUCGUGAUGGCGGGUCAGAGGGCAGCGCAGGGCCCUUCGCUGGAGCCUUCACCUGCUGCUGGCAAGACCAUGAGGCAGACCAGCAGCAGCAGCAGCAGCAGCAGCAGCAGCAGCAGCAGCAGCAGCAGGGGGUGCGCAGGCGCCGCGUGAUGACAGCAGCGCGGGACCUGCCGGCCGUCGUGCACUGUCUUCUGGACGGCGGCGGCAGUGGCGAGCCUGUACCCCAGUCCAACGCCGCCGUGCCAUGCCGGAUGGUGGCACCCGUCGCCACUGCCGCUGCCGGCGGCGCGCUGGCGCCCAAGCUCGUGCCCUUCAUGCCUCCGCCGCCGCCCAUUGCGCCAGUGCACCAGCACCACCAGCACCGCCAGCACCAGGACCAGCGCCAGCAGGCGGGGCCGCGGUACGUGGCGCGGCCGGCGGUGCAACCGAUGAUGGGGCCGCCUGUGGUUCAGACUACCGCUGGCGCCGCGGCCGUGGCGGCGCCGCGGCUGCUCGUGGGGGCUCUGAUCAAGCUCCUGAUGGCGCCUCAGCUGCUUCAGCAGCAACACAACAUCCAGCUGUGGGAGCGCGUCAAAAAGGUGGGCAUGGCCCCGGGCGCCCGCGCCUCCUUCGCACUGUCAGCGCACGCGCACCCCAAGGCGGGGCCGCGCGCCUUUGUGUUCGGUGGCGUGUCGGACAAUGAGGCCAAGGGCGGCGAGGACUUGUCGUCCGAGUUUCACAUCGACCUGUACACAAUUAACUUUGGGCGCCGCCGCUGGUUCGCCGCUGAGCUGCGGCCGCCUGCGGACGCCAAGGGCAAGAAGGCUGGAAUAGCGGAUGCGGAGGCGGGGAAAGACGCGGCCGCAGCUGCUGCUGCCGACGGCGCAGCCGCCUCUACCUCCGCCGCCUCAGCGCCCGCCAAGUCUGCUCCGGCGCCUCCGGGCGUGUCCCAAGAGCAGGCGGGCAAGCUGGGGGCCAUGACCUCAGGCAAGAACAGCGCCCUGUACCGUGCGGCGGUCAAGAUCCAGGCCAGGUGGGGGCUGGCGCGUAGGUGGGAGCCAGCCAAGCUACCGCGGCUACACAUUGCCACCCGCAUUGGCGGUGUGGUGUUUGAGCUGCUGUACAGCCCCGCCACCUUCGGCCUGGACCUGUCCAGCCUCAACAUGCCCAAGCCCAGGGCGCGCAUCGGGGCACUGAUGGCGGUGGUGGCCAAUGCGCUGUGGCUGCUGGGCGGCACCGUGGAGAUCGGCUCCAAGGAGGUCACGCUGGACAACAUGUGGUGCCUGGACGCAUUGGAGCUGGACGGCUGGCAGCUGAUCCGUGAGAACACGGUGGGCGAGGAGCCGCUGCAGAAGGCGGCGGAGGACAGCGAGUCGGAGUGGGAGGAGGUCAGCGGGGACGAGGACGGCAGCGAUGACAGCGACGACAGCGCGGAGGAGCGCGAGAGGGCCAAGAAGAAGUCGGGGCCGAGACAAGGGGUGUCAGCUUUGUACAGCUGGAAAAUGGGCUGAGCCCCCGUACGCUUGGGAGCUAAUAGGCGUGUAACGCCCCGUUAGA